AUGCCUACCCAUGGCCAUAUCGUAUACACAUUGGAUCCCACAAGUUAUACCCUGAAGGACGACUGCUCCAGUGCAUAUGGAUUUCCUCGUUUCUUGCCAGAGAUUCGAGAAGAGGGUACCAAUUUGAAGCUGCGACAGAGCCUUGUUGGGGCUGAAAGACUGGGCGAUUUAUCGUUCGGAAGGGGUGAACAAGUAUUAAGACUAUAUUCUAUGCCUUCUUGUCCCCGUCCCGGAAACUCGGAGAAAUUCCACACGCACCAGGGAUCAAAGGCAAAGACGACUCUACGUACCGGCGAGCUCACAUUGGCCUCAGUAAUAAUACACUCCAUGACCCGGUGUUUGCAAGUGGUAGCAGGAGUAUUCUACCUAGAUGGCUCGACGCUUUGGGGCCUCGCAUACGUUCGAUCCAGCUACCGCACCACGAGCCGGCCAGCAAUAGAAUAUGGGGGACCCUGGAAGCUUCAUAUUUGUUUAUCUCUUGUUUACCAAACAAAACACCGCAAUCGCCUAGAAAGCCCCUCCCCCCCAGACACAUACGAUGGGUCCGUCUACGACGACCCGGAGGAAGUCGCCCCCGCCCCUCCUGCGCCGCAGCCUGCCCCCCCUGCUGCCCCGGCUACCCCGGCCCUCACAGCCCUCCGACUGCUGGCCGUGCUGGCCAUCCUGGCGGCCUUGUCCGCCCCCGCCCGUCCCCAUAAUCGCCCCCAGCCUCGUGCAGUCCCGGCCAGUGGCGCCCUCACCUCGCCUUCUAAGAAGGCAAAGAAAGAGCGCGCCGCCACAAUGGGCCCUGCAAUGGCCGCAAACGCGGCGGUGGUGGUGGACGUGGUGGGGUUAUAUUAUAAACCCAAGAAGGACUUGAAGCCAGACACUCCCACUGACAUGUCUUCCUCGUAG